GGAGUUAUUUACGUUCACAAUGACCUUAACAUUUUGAUUAAAGAAAUUAAUGUGAUUGAUGAGCGUCGUGCCUGCAUCGGAAAAGCUCACUUCCUUCUUGUAACUUUAAUAAGUUGUGUUAGGUUGCAAUUAGCAAUUCAUCACGUGUGCCUAACCCUAAAACAGUGUAAAGAAAAUGCAGGUAUGAAAUUAAGGAUACCUGUCGUUUCUGAUUUACGUCGUUCAGAAUCUUGGAAGAAAUGUGAAUCACAUGUGAAGAAAGUGAUUUUUUGUCUAUGCGUACACGAUUUAAUUGUGAAGCUGUACUUGUUAUUUAUGCUGAAAGAACUUGUUUUUAUGUUGUACACGGUUUCCAAGUUGAUGUCGUCUGCUGUGCCGCCUCAUUCGAUUGAAAGAUAACUGGUCUUUUAAAGUGCACGAGGUGUAUGGACACUGUGCGUAUCUGCAUCGCCAACCAGUACUGUAUUUUGUUUUCUGUGUAUUUAUUGUGAUACAUUAUUGUAACGCAAUGACGUUUGCUACAGACCUAAGUAAAAUGUCUCCAAUGAUCUAUACAUUGUAUGGUUUUGCUAUAUUUUUCUUCGUGUUUUGGUGUGGAAAGUGGGGUGUGCAUCUCAUAGCAAUUUUUUAUGCAAAGUGGAGAUUACACCAGAAACCAAAUCAGUUGCCAAGUGAAACACCAUAUCCCGGAGUUUCAAUUUUAAAACCAUUAAUGGGUGUGGACUUGCAUUUAUUCAGUAACUUGGAAACAUUUUUCACCAUGAAUUACCCCCUUUAUGAACUUUUAUUUUGUGUUGAGGAUGAAAGUGAUCCUGGUGAUGCUUUUAAUAAACUCAUGGAAAAAUAUCCAAAUGUGCAAGCAAGACUAUUUACUGGUGGUUUUAACGUUGGUGUGAAUCCGAAAAUAAACAACAUGCAGCCAGGUUUCAAGGAGGCUCAGUAUGAUCUCAUACUCAUAUCGGACAGUGGUAUUCGUAUGAAAGAAGAUACUCUGAUGGACAUGGUGUCGUACAUGAAAGAUGAUGUGGCAAUAGUGCAUCAGAUGCCCUUUACGUGUGACAGGGAGGGAUUUGCUGCCACUUUAGAGAAGAUUUAUUUUGGCACAGCACAGGCAAGAAUUUAUCUUGCAGCAGCUUUCUUGGGUGUGAACUGCCAUACUGGUAUGUCAACACUUAUCAAAAAACCACUGAUUGAUGAAGUUGGUGGUCUGCAAGCAUUUAGUUGCUACCUUGCUGAAGACUUCUUCCUUGCAAAAUCUUUGCGGGAGCGUGGCUGGAGGAUGUGUAUCAGUAGUCAACCAGCAUGGCAGAAUUCUGGGCAAUGUAACAUCUCUACAUUUCAGGCUCGGUUAACACGUUGGGCUAAGCUGAGGACUGCAAUGGUUCCACAAACAAUUUUCUUGGAACCUAUGUCAGAAUGCAUGUUGCUGGGAGGCUGUGCAGCUUGGGCAGUCUCCUUCCUGUUUGACUGGGACCCAAUUGUUUUUUAUCUAGUGCACAUACUUGUGUGGUUUCUUCUUGACUGGCUGUUACUGACAAUUGUGCAGAAUAGUUCUCUACCUUUCAAUAAGUUUGACUUUGUUGUGGGGUGGCUGUUUCGUGAGCUAUCUUCCCCAUAUAUAUUUCUACAAGCUUUGUGGGAUCCAGCCAUAAGAUGGCGAGGGCGAACUUUCAAAUUACGAUGGGGAGGAAUAGCAGAAGAGCUCAAGCCUAAAGUGAAAGUUUGAAACUAUACUCGGUGGCAUUUUGUGUGUUCCUCGUGUUUUUAAUAGACCAAAAAAUUAUGCUCAACAGAAAGUAAUAUAUAUUUCAUGUCUUCAGUGUAAACUGUUAACAUGAAUGAACUGUUCUGCUACAUGCAUUUGUCAAUUUCUUUUGAAGCUGAAAUUUUUACAAGUCACUUUUGUUUAAAACUGUAUUUAUGUAUAAAAAAGUGGCUGCAGCUGUAGCAUACAAAAUGUGUCAGUGGUGCGUUAUGUAAAAUAUGUAUACUGGUGUUACAUAUGUCGUACAAAGAUUAUAUGAAGUCAUUAAGACCAUGCUUAGCCCAUGGAAAGAAAACGGCAUUUGACCACGUACUGUUUAAAUUGAAAUUGUGUUGAGAUUUCCCACAAGAAUUGGAAUUUUGACCCGUUUAAAUGUAUUUAUGUGUCCUG